AUGUUUUUAUCUUCUACCUUGAUUUCUCAGGAAGGUAGGCCUUCCUUUGAAGAUGUAUUCAGUAAACAUCGGUCUUCUGUUGCUUUUAGAACUAUGGAGUUUGCUGGUCAUGCAUUGGAGCUAAUUUGUGAAGUUGCUAAAUUUUGGGUAACAUUUUGGUACAGUCCUGACCGUCCCAAGUACUUGGGCCCCUUCUCAGACAAGACCUUGGCAUACCUUACUGGUGAAUUCCUAUGGCUGGGAUACUGCUGGCUUAUCAACAGACCCCUGAAACCUCCGCCAGGAACCGUGAGCUCAAGGUCAUCAACUCUAGAUGGGGUAUGCUUGGUGCCCUGGACUGUAUUCCCUGAACUCUUGUCAAAGAGCGGUGUCAAAUUGGGUUUAAGGAUGGAUCCCUAUUAG